CUCUCGUAACGUCAGUAAAGGACGCAGUAAAGGUGGCUUCCUCUGCUUCUUCGUUUUGAACCGCUUUAAUGAAAACGCGGCUGUAGGAGUGUUUAGGAAGAGAAACACAAGCUUGUUCGCCGAGAUGUUUCACAGAAGUAAAACCAUAAAAGGUUUGCUAAGUAUUGUCCCUGGGAAACAACGACUAGGGGCGUACAGGUUCCUACCUAUCUUUUUCUGCAUUGGAGGAGUCAUGGAGUGGAUCAUGAUCAACGUGAGGAUAGGACAUGAAACUUUCUACGAUGUCUACAGAAGAAAAAAAUCAGAGCGGCAGUACCAGCGGUAGAUAGCAGACAGUCUCCUUGUACUAGAUCAACACGGAGCCAAGUGAAUGAUGGUCAAACUUCACAAGAGUCGCCUAAGGACGCACCGCUGGACUCAAACUCCCUCACAAUUAAAUCGCAAGCAUAGAGACGCUCUGGACGAAAAAAGAUGUUGGAGGAAUCCCUUCCAGCUUGCAAGUUUUACAGGCUUUACUCUGAAAAUAUGGAGUCAAAAAAAAAAAACAACACAAGUUAAUAUUAGUGUAAUAUUAUAAUAUGUUUGAGAUUAAGACUGUUUUAAGUGACAGUGAAUAAUACUAAAGUAACAGAACAAAAUAUUUGUAUCUAUAAUUUGAGGUAUUGUGUGGUUGAGGUAAUGACAGUAUAAAAAUGCAUCUCCAAACUAAUCAGCCAGAUUGUUCUUAUUCUGUCAUUCGUCCUUAUCCCUCAUUCACUCAGUGAAAUUGUGCGUUUUUAUGUGUCAGUUGUACCAGCCGACAGAAAGAGACUGCAGGCAGAUGAAACUGUUUGGGUAUCCCGACAGCUUGAUGGGGUCCCCAUUCAGCCUCACACGGUCCAGGUUGGAUCGUAUGUAGUGGCUGGUGUCGCCUUUGCAGAACAUCUCGUCUGUUAUAGUUGAGAUAUUGUUGCUCUGUAGGAAAAAAUGAAAGAAAAAAAACCCAUAACAUUGGGAUGUUGUGUAGCCUGAAGUGCUAAAAGGAUUAACUGUACGUCUUUCUCUUCUCUUUAAUUAAAAAAAAAAACUUGCAAUAGACCUUACAUGCA